AUGACCCAGGGCUUCUGGCGGCUCUACAAGGCCAAAGUGCUGCAGACCCUGGGGGGGGCACGGGCGGAUGGGGCGCUGCAGGAGGAGAGAGACCCCCCUGAGUUGAUGGAGACGGAUGAGACCCCUGUGUUGAUGGAGGAGGGACCCAGCCCUGUGUCCCAGCUGGCGAGGAAGGUGCAGGGGGUGGGUGCCCGGGGCUGGCGGACACUUUCGUCCCUCUUCACCCGUGAGGACGAGCACCAGCUGCUCAGCUCGGAGCCAUGCGCAGACCACCCACUGGCCGCCUCUCCGCCUGAGCUGUCCCCCUCUGAGAAGGCAGUAGGCUUUUGGGAUCUCUUUGCUACCAAGUGGCAGCAGGCGUCAGGGCCAGACAAGGAGACGUCUCCUCCGGAGCCGGGUGAGAACCCUGGGGAGCCGCCAGGUGACGAUGACAGCGACCUGAGGGAGCCAGAGGAAGGCGCCUUCCGCUGGGGCUUCCUGGCUGGCAAACUGGCUGAAAUCCGGAAUAAAAAUGCCCCCAAGAGCAACUAGAAGAGGAGGCACCGGCCAGACUCUCCAGCAGCACAAGCGGCCCCCCCCACUGCUGGUGGGCAGCCCCCUGCUCACACCUCAGAGCUUUGCGCUGGGUUUCGGUGAUGUGUCUGCACUAAAGACCCCAAA